AUGCUUCUCACAUGCCCUCCUUCACUGCUGUUGCUCCUGCAGCUUCUGGUCUUGUGGCCCACAGGCCUUCAAGGCUGUCUACAGUGUGAUGAAAAAUUCAAGGAGAAUGUGGCUAAGCUCAGGACUGAGCUUGUUCCACGUCAAAUCCAUGACACUCGCCUCAAGGUGCGAGCCACGGCACUGCUGAAGGGUCUCGAGGGGGAUUUUUUCUCACAUUACGCUACCAGCCAGUUUUCUGGCUUUGCAGUUAAGAGUACAGUUGAUGCCCUGAUCCAGGAAGUGAGGUCCAAAACGGAAGAGCUGGCUCAAAGCUCUCUCACAGACCAGGCCUUGCUGGAUGAACUGGUUGGAUUCCGGAAGAAAACGACCAUGAAGCUUAAAGUGGCUUUAAAGGAACAUCAGAUGAAAGCUUGUGACAGGGCAAACUGUGCCUGGCUCCGAUACAGCGUCUUGGACUGUGUAGGAUGUAAAGAUAUCAACGCUGUUUGCUACACAACAAGUCAGUGCUUUGUUGAUUCACAGGACCGCCUCUCUCUUCGCUACGGAGCAGUCCUGUGGGAUCCUAAUAUUGCCAAAAAUGGAGUUGCUAUUGUCCUGUGCAUGGGUGGAGUGCUAUUCCUGGUGAUCAUGGGCUCGAUUAUAGUAUACUGGAGAAACCAGCUGUUUCUGUAUGUUUAG